UGUUCUUACACACAUCCAUCCAGAGGGAAUGAGCAUGACACCGUAGUUUGGAGAUCUUUCUGGUUUGUGAAAAUGAAUGGAAACGACCCUUUGGAUCUGAGAAACCACCCAGAUUACAGAGGUCGUGUGGAGUAUCACUGUUAUGAUAACAGCUGCACCCUGAGGAUCACCAACGUCAGACAGAGCGACUCAGCUGAGUACAGAUUCAUGUUGAUGACAAACCAACCAGAGGGAGGAGUUACUGGCUCACCUGGAGUCACUCUGUCAGUCACAGCUCUACAGGUGCAGGUGAGCGGAGGAAAAUGGGUCGGGUCUGAUUACUCUGCAGUGCUGAUGUGCCAUGGCAGCUGCAGACCCACUGCUCCUCUUUCAUACAUCUGGUACAAAAACGGAGAGAAAAUGAAGGAGGAAGCAUCUUCUUUCUCAGGAACCUUUUACUCUGCACACAGCGUUGCCUGUGCUUUAAAAGGAUAUGAGGAUUUCCCCUCACCUUCAGUGUGUGUUUAUAGUCAUUCCUGCUACAGAGUGAUGUACGAUGUCAGAACCAUCUGUGCCCUUAAAGGCUCAUCAGUGAACAUUUCAUGCACCUACUACAGCUUUGGGAUUCCUGAAUCAAUGUUUUGGUUCAGUCCUGAUCGUAGUCAUCAGUGGAAGAGUGACACAGAGCCUGAAGACCUCAGUAAAGACCCCCAGUAUGCGGGUCGUGUCCAGAUCUCUGAAAGCUGGAGUGGACAGUCCUCUCUGAGAAUCUCUGAGCUGAGAGAGAGAGACUCUGCUCAGUAUCACUUCAAAUUUAAAACAGCAUACGUUGAAUGGGGGAACAGCUUUGCUGGUACAACUCUGACUGUCACAGCUCUCCAGGUGAAGGUGAUCAGUGUAACAGUCCACCAGGAUUAUACUGAGGCAGAGCUGAGGUGUCACAGCAGCUGUAGUCCUGCUGGUGGGAUUUCUUAUACCUGGUUGAAGAACGGACAGAAAAUCCCGAGUGCUGAAAACUCUUCUCAUAGAGAUCGGCUUUAUCCAGGAGACUUUAUGUCUUGUGCUUCAAAAGGACUUGAAAAUUACGCCUCACCCUCUGUGUAUGCUCUGAAGACUCCCUCUGUGUGGGUGAGUCCUGUGGAUGAAAUAACAGAGGGCAGUUCAGUCACUCUGACCUGUAGCAGUGAUGCUAACAGAGCAGCUAAAUACACCUGGUACAGGAAGAACCAAACCCUGUCCAGUGAGGGAGCACAGCUUGUCUUCAGCUCCAUCCAGUCCUCUGACUCUGCAGAGUAUCAGUGUGCAGCUGAGAACCAGCUGGGGAGGAGAGAAUCUAAACCCGUCUUUAUCCAUGUCCAAUAUGCUCCAAGGCUUCCCUCUGUAUCAGUGAGUCCCUCUGCUGAGAUAGUGGAGGGCAGUUCAGUGACUCUGACCUGUAGCAGUGAUGCUAACCCAGCAGCUAAUUACACCUGGUACAAGGAGAAUGAAGACUCACCUCUAGCUUCAGGACAGAUCCUCAUAAUCACUUAUUUUAGAGCUGAACACAGUGGGAAUUAUUACUGUGCAGCCCAGAACAUAAUAGGGUGUCAUCACUCCACCGUCACUCUGACUGUUGUUGUGACAGGUAAGAUGUCUACAUACACCUGCGAUCACUAA